GAGCGCCUUCCACUCUGUCGCCUGCUGCGUUCGAAAGCUGCGCGCGCGAGAGAGCGAGCGAGCGACACGAGGAUUCCGGCACAGAGGGCGAGAGAUUGCAGCCACCCCGUGUCUCGUGCUGCCAGCCACCGAGCUGGCCAGUCGCAUAGUCAGGCAGCCAGCCGGCCGGCCAGUUACCGAGUCGGAGAGCCAGUGAGCUAACCAAUUAGGUACCUCUCAGUCAGACGGCGAAGUCGCUCGGCUGGCCAGAUAGCGAGGCAUCCAGAUAAGCAGGCAAUCAGGUGGGCAAGCGGUCAGGCGGUCAGGUGGUCAGGCAAGCACGAAGACUGACAGCCAGUUAACCAGUUAGGCAUUGCGAGCCGGUCAUACAGCAGCCAGUCAGCCAGCACGCUCCUUACAAGGCUCCCAGCCCAGCCGAAAAUCCGCUCGGCGGUUCAUCCACGCGGUUUCCCAGCUCCACAGCUGUUCAGCCGCUCCGCCGUUCGUUCACGCAUCCAUACAUCCAUCCACCCACAGACCCACUCGCCUCGCUCAGCUGUAGCAGCAGCAGCGGCGCCAGCAUUAUCAUCAACAGCAGCUGCUGCAGUAGCAUCAAGUACCAGUAGCAACAGCUGCAGCAGCAUCAUCAUCAUCAGUAGUAGCAGCAGCAGCAUCAUCAGUAGUAACAGCAGCAUCAUCAGUAGUAGCAGCAGCAUCAUCAACAGCAGCUCCUGCAGUAGCAUCAAGUAGCAGUAGCAACAGCUGCAGCAGCAUCAUCAUCAUCAACAGCAGCUGCUGCAGUAGCAUCAAGUAGCAGUAGCAACAGCUGCAGCAUCAUCAUCAUCAGUAGCAGGAUCACCACCAGUGGCAUCAUCUCUGCGCCGAAGCUACCGAGUUGGCAGCGAGGAUGGAACGCGGCGCGCACGUGGAGUUACCCGAGGCCAGAUGAUCACAGCAGCAAUCCGACCCUCCAUGUAUGACUCCGCACGCGAAAAGAAAACAACAACACAACAACAAAAACAACAACGAGAAGAUCCCGACACUGUGAAAGUUUAAUCGCCAAGCAACAGCUCCAAAAACGACGACAGCGAAAACAGCAUCGCCGCCGACACCCCUGCCUCUCUCUCGCUAUCUCGUAGCCGCGAACAGCAGCGUGCAGCAGCGUGCAGCAGUGGAUAGAGAAUGCGAAGUGCCCUGGCGCGCCGUGGACGGCGCGAGAAGCUGGCCGCGCAGAUUUGUUUCGUGGGAGCCGCUCUGCUGGGGACCGCGGUGUUCAGCAACUUGGCCUCUCUCGCAGAGGACCUGUCACACCGUCGUGACGGGGCACCCUCGGGACCCCCCCGUGGAGGCGCGGGGGGCGGGACGCACGCCGCCUCGUCUAGGGGGGCCCAUGGUGGCAGGAGGUUGCUGUCCUUGCCCGAAUGGAACGCCACGUCGGAGGAGGAGGAAGAGAAGAACUGCACAGAACCCGGAAUCCACGAGUUCCCAGAAGACAUCUUCAACAACGUGCAGCGCCGGCAUGGCGCCGUGUUGCUGCACGUGCUGUGUACCAUGUACAUGUUCUACGCUUUGGCUAUCGUUUGCGACGACUUCUUUGUCCCGUCGCUGGAAAAAAUCUGCGAGCGCCUGCACUUGGACGAGGACGUGGCUGGCGCCACCUUCAUGGCGGCCGGGAGCUCGGCGCCGGAGCUCUUCACGUCCAUAAUCGGUGUGUUCAUCACCAAGGGUGACGUGGGCGUUGGCACCAUCGUGGGCUCGGCCGUCUUCAACAUCCUCUGCAUCGUCGGCGUCUGCGGGAUCUUCGCAGGCCAGGUGGUGUGCCUCACGUGGUGGCCCAUCUGCAGGGAUUCCGUCUACUACACCUUCUCCGUGAUCGCCCUCAUCCUGUUCAUUUACGACGAGAAGGUCGUCUGGUGGGAGGCCGUGAUUCUCGUGACCAUGUACGUGAUUUACAUCGUUUUGAUGAAGUUCAACAUGCGCCUCCACGCCUUCUUUUCACGACUCCAAAAGGGCGGCAGGAACACGGCCAACGGGGUGGCCAACAGCAACGAGAUGGAGGACGUGAACCCGAACCACGUGGCGGACAUGUGCCGCAGCACCUCGGUGCUCAUGGUGGACGAGCUGCUCUCCGUGUGUCCACACAAGCUGGACUUCUCGGAGGCCGGGCUCCGCAUCAUGAUCACCAACCACUUCCGGCCGCGCACGCGCCUCCGCAUGGCCAGCCGCAUGCUCAUCAAUGAGAGGCAGCGGCUGCUGCGCGGGCGCGGAGUCGCCUGCAGCGAGUGCGAGGUCGCCCACAAGAUCCAGCGCAAGUACCGCUCGGGCGCCAACUGCGCGGCGGCGGCGACGCCGCUGGCGGGCACCACCGCUGCGGCGGCGAACAACGGCAGUGGCGGCGACGCGGAGAACGGCGCCGUCUCGCCGGGGGGAGCGGUGGUGGCGGCGGCGGCGGAGGUGACGGUGGCGGCCGUGGGCAACGACGGGCGGACGAAAGACGGCCCGGGGAAGGAGGGCCCAGGGAAGGAGGGCGGGAAAGAGGGCGCGGGCUGCGAGGAGGAGGAGGAGGACGACGAGGGAGUGUCCUCGCCGUGCGUUGUGCCCGACGGCCACCUGGCCCGCUUCAAGUGGCUGGUGUCGUGGCCGCUGGCGCUGCUGCUCUACCUGACGGUGCCCAACGUGGCCCAGCCGCGCUGGGAGAGCUGGUUCAUGGCCACCUUCAUCCUGUCCACGCUCUGGAUCGCGAUCUUCUCCUACGUCAUGGUCUGGAUGGUCACCAUUAUCGGGUACACGCUGGGCAUUCCCGACGUCAUCAUGGGCAUCACCUUCCUGGCGGCCGGGACGAGCGUGCCGGACUGCAUGGCCAGCCUCAUCGUGGCCAGGCAGGGGCUGGGCGACAUGGCCGUUUCAAACUCCAUCGGGAGCAACGUCUUCGAUAUCCUCGUGGGCCUCGGCUUCCCCUGGGCCCUGCAGACGCUGGCGGUGAAUCACGGCUCCCAGGUGGCCAUCAACAGCCGGGGUCUCGUUUACUCCGUCAUCCUGCUGUUGGCCUCAGUGUUCAUGACGGUGCUCGCUGUCGGCCUCAACAAGUGGAGACUGGACAAGAAAUUGGGCCUCGGCUGUUUGCUACUCUACGUGGUGUUCAUCAGCUUCUCCAUCCUCAUCGAGUUCAACGUCUUCACGUUCGUCAACCUGCCCACGUGCCGCGAGAAAUGAGCUCAUACCCCCGUGUACCCCCCUCCACCCCCAUCCCUCCCCUCCCUUCCUUUGGGAUGACCGUCAAUAGUUGUACUGCACCAGCCGUGGUCUCCUUGCUUAGGAUGGCAGGGAGAUUAUAGAGGCCAUUGAUGAAAGGUGGCAGGGGAAAAAAACAAAAAAUUGGAAGUGCUUUCUGAAAAGAUGUGUGCACAGGGUUGUGGUGACAUUGAAUGACAUUUCGCUGCUGCUGGAAAGUCUGAUGUACGGUGUCGUCAUUUCUUUCUUUCUUUCUCUCUCUCCGAAACGUUCUGUUCGUUUUGUCUGUCGAUACGAUGCUGGGUGUAGUUUUGCUUGUGAGAGAGAUUAAUAGAAUCGAUGUUCUGCAGGUGGCAAAACUUGCCAGGGCUUGAGACGAGUGGCUUAUUCUGGUAUCGUUGAAUCAAAGCAAUGUUUGCACUGGGUGUUUCUGUUAAUUUAUAUUAUUUUACUUGACAUGUGUAAUUUCUGCACGGAUAAAUGACUGUAAAUCAAUUACACUUAAUUCCAUUUUGCUGUAAACUACUGAUAUAAAUUUCAGGUUUACAUAAUUACUGCAUAUAAUGUUUACCUUAAUUUAUUGCAAGAAAGCAAUCGUAUAACAAUGAUAGCGCUUAGGUUUUUUUUCAUUUCAUAUUUGCUACACAUCACUCGAACGGCAAUGGUAACUAUUUACGGCAAUUGUUUUUCGUAGCAGGUACAGUAUGUCCUUAACUGGAAAUCGAAUACAUUUUGCAGUGUAGUAAUCCUGCAAGAAAAAGAGGAUUGUUUUUCAACCAUUCUCAAUCCGCCGAUGGUUGAAGGCUUCCCCAGGCCAUAGGCAGUUGUUGGGUGGGCGGGCGGAGGCAGGGGAGGUGGUGGAGGUUUGCCACACUUCACCACGCUGGUCAGUGCGGGUUGCCGAUGCGGGGGGGCUGGGGCCACUGAUGUUAGCCGUUGCCGGCUCGUGGAUCUCGGCUCGUUGGGUUCAGAGACGCAGCGGCACUCCCCCGCCGUACCAACCGCUUGCACCCCAAGCGGGGGGAUUCGAGGGGAAUUACAAAUGAAAGUGCAAGGCUCGAGGGAAAUAUUUAAAUUGGGCCUCUGCCAUCCAUCCAGAAGCCCCCCCCCCCCCCCCCCCCGAGGCCGCAUCUGCACGUACAACUUGCCCGGCCUCCGAGCUCAGGGUGCAUUCGGUUUGCGCUGUGCGGCAAAGUUGGCCGUGUUUCUCGGCAGCAUUCUGAACAAGCUGCUGAACAGACGUUUCCCCCCAGUGGCGAGGGAGGCGGCAAGGGUUCACAUUUUGUAUUCUGCCCGGCAGUUGUGUACACAAUUUGGCCCUAUGGCACGCGGGGAGGAUCGGUGGGGGGGGGUUCCCCAUUGUCAUCAAGCACACGAAGCGAAGUUCUGGGGCUCGGCUCACGAUCCGAUGUCCCUCGGCCUCGUGUCAAGAGCCACGAGAUAAUUCGCUGUAAUUUUAUUUAUUUUUAGUACCAUAAUUGCACCAAAAUUAAGCAACGGUAACGCAAGGACACUUAGGCCAUUAACAACAAUUUAGAUGUUUUUUAUUUGUAAUGCUCUGUGAGGUUUAUUUUUUACAAUUAAGAAAAACAAAAUAAUGGCGAAUAUGAUUGUUGUAUUUAAUGAGCGGUAUUAUAAGCAGUGAAACCAGCGGUUGUAAAUAACCCACAACAAACAUGCAACCAAGUUAAGAGUGCGUUUGCUUUAAGUUUUGUAGACGUUAUACUGUAUCUAUAAGUCAAAAAAACGCACACCGGAUAGGAAACACAGCAUCACUCGACGUCUGUGCAAUGGUAGCUAUUACUCCAUCGCAAUCUCUGCCACCAUCCUCAUCACUACUAUAUUCACCAAAUGAACAACACAUACAAAUAUCGUAACCUUAGACGAGUGUGCAGAUUCCUGCUAAUAAUGGAUCAUUUCUUGGAUUUUUUAAACGACGCAUUUCUAAAAAAAAUGCUUUCUCUGUUUCUCUCUCUCUCUUCAAAUGAAAUGAAUGUAUUUGGGAAAGUAGUAUUUUCGUCCACACUGAAAAACAGGAGGAAUUCUUUGAUGAGAUCACUUUAUUAGCGUGCAUGAAUUGUCGAGCUGUGAGGCUGUCUCAACUCCAAUAUUUGUCGUGCUGUGUCGUAGAAUUACUACUUUUUGAAUAGUACAAAAACUGUAUGGGAAUUGUAUUUACACUUUACGGCAUGUGCAGGGUUUGUAAAAACAAUAUAUGUAUGUACAAUUUAAAAUAUAUAUGAUUUAAAAAAAACUCUAAAAUAAUUUGUGCAAUAAAUGUGUGGCUUUUUAUACUGUGUGCAACCUUGUCAGAGAUGCUUUUGAAUUCUGUGUUCAUUUAACCGUACUGCAUGGGAAUGAAUGUUCGCCGUCCUUUGUGAACCUUUGAAUGCAACAUUCAAAUUAUUUGAGCAGCAUUAAUCAAGCUCAUUGGGGGCAUUUAUUAUCAGUCGUUUGCUAAAAAAAAAGUCCCUUUUUACCCAACAUUACAAUUUUCUCUUCGAAUUUUGACCCCUCGUUACACGGUCAACGUUGACCUAAUUGAGAAUUGGAUUUGAACGAAGGCAAAACUAUCGCGGGGCGGGUAUGGCCAAGUGGUUUGAAAAUCAACAAAAAAGCUUGAAAUAGCGAGAUGUUUUUGCCAAGGCUGAUACAAGAAAAUUUUGUAGUUUGCGUUUUUUUUGUAUCGAGAAGUUUCGCUCGGAAUGAAAUGGAGUGGCGAUUUAUGUACACGUGUCGGCAAUGAAACAUGCAGCCUUUAAAACAA